CGAUUUAUAUUCACACGUUCAUUAAUACUUAUUCAAUACGUUCAUUAGUACCUAUCUAAUCUAUUUUAUUUAAAUUUUUUCACCGAAAAAAUAAUAUCCCAAUUUUAAAUAUAAGUUUUAGUAUUUAUAUUUUCUAUUAGAUUAUUGCGAUUCAUAAUAUCUUUAUUUCAUAUUAAUCGAUAAGAUGGAGACAGAUCUGAUCCAGUCAAUUCCUUCAUUUUAUGCUGGACAAAGUAUAUUUUUGACGGGUGCGACAGGAUUUUUAGGUAAAGUGUUUAUCGAAAAGGUAUUGCGAUCUUGCCCAGAUGUUCGUGAAAUAUUUCUGUUGAUGCGUCCAAAAAAGGAGCAAAAUAUUAAUGAACGACUCCAAAAAAUAUUAAACUUAUCGUUAUAUGAAAAUUUGCGCGGAGAACAAUCAUCAAAUUUCAAGAAGUUAAUUCCUAUUUUGGGUGAUGCCAGUGAAAAAGGAUUAGGUUUGUCGGAUACAGAUAGGCAAAUGUUGAUUGAAAGAGUGACUAUAAUAAUUCACGCAGCAGCUAGUGUGAGAUUUAAUAACAGUUUAAAAUAUGCUAUUUGUGUCAAUACUAGAUCAACGAGAGAUAUUUGUAUUUUAGCUCAAAAUAUGAAGAACUUAAUAGCAUUAGUAUAUGUUAGUACUGCCUAUGCACAUGUGAAUAAUCCAGUGAUAGAAGAAAAAGUGUAUCCAUCUGUAAUUGAUUGGCAAAAGAUGAUCGAAAUAGCUGAAUCAUUGGAUGAGCAUACUUUAAACAUUUUGACGGCUAAAUGUCUGGAUUAUAUUCCUAACACAUAUAUUUUUUCGAAAAUAUUAGCGGAAAGUGUUAUACAGACAUAUUCUUCAUCCUUGCCUUGUGCUAUCCUAAGACCUUCAAUGGUAUUCCCAACGUUGAGAGAACCAGUUCUAGGAUGGAUAGAUAACAUUUAUCCAAUAGGGCUUAUGAUUGGUGCAGGAAAAGGAUUUAUACGAGUAUCCUAUACUAGCAAACAUGUUACAGGAAAUAUUGUACCUGUGAACAGUGUCGUCAAAGUUAUAUUAGUUGUAACAUGGAAACUUGGAUUAUCCACAUAUAAUAUUAAUUUAUAAAUAUUUAUACUAAAA